AGUCAGGCUAUCAUACGGGACUACAGCAAGGUACACUGAGGCAGACAGAAGCCAUCAACAAUGUCUACAGCUCGUGAUGAGCAGGAACCCCCGCCACCUCCGCGCUUUUAUAAAGACUCCGAUUCAAGUUCGGACACCAUGUUCAGCUGGUCCAAAAAUGAGGGAAAAAAGAAAGAUCCUGAGCUUUUCCAGACUGUUUCGGACGGGCUUAAGCGGCUUUAUCGGACCAAAUUGUACCCGUUAGAAGACACGUACCGCUUCCAUGAUUUCCACUCGCCGGCGCUGGAAGACGCUGACUUCGACAACAAGCCCAUGGUACUCUUGGUCGGCCAGUACUCCACCGGGAAGACCACGUUCAUCCGCCACCUCAUGGAGCAGGACUUCCCUGGCAUGCGGAUAGGCCCGGAGCCCACCACCGACUCCUUCAUAGCCGUCAUGCACGGAGAGCAGGAGGGGGUGAUACCCGGCAAUGCGCUGGUGGUGGACCCUAAGAAGCCCUUCCGCAAACUCAACGCUUUUGGCAACGCCUUCCUUAACAGGUUCAUGUGCGCUCAGCUGCCAAACGCUGUGCUGGAGAGCAUCAGCAUCAUCGACACGCCAGGCAUCCUGUCUGGAGAAAAGCAGAGGAUCAGCCGAGGCUAUGACUUCGCUGCGGUGCUGGAGUGGUUUGCUGAGCGCGUGGACCGCAUUAUAUUGCUCUUCGAUGCACACAAGCUGGACAUCUCAGAUGAGUUCUCUGAGGUGAUCCGGGCCCUGAAGAACCACGAGGACAAGAUGCGCGUGGUGCUCAACAAAGCGGACCAGAUCGGGACCCAGCAACUGAUGAGGGUCUACGGCGCCCUCAUGUGGUCUCUGGGGAAGAUUAUCAACACUCCGGAGGUAGUGCGUGUGUACAUUGGCUCUUUCUGGGCCCAGCCUCUGCUGGUUCCAGACAAUCGUAAGCUCUUUGAGGCAGAGGAGCAAGACCUCUUCCGUGACAUCCAGAGCCUUCCACGGAACGCUGCUCUGCGCAAGCUUAAUGACCUCAUCAAACGCGCACGUCUUGCCAAGGUUCACGCUUAUAUCAUCUGCUCAUUGAAGAAGGAGAUGCCCAGUAUGUUUGGAAAGGAGAACAAAAAGAAGGAGCUGAUCGCUAAUCUGGGAGAGAUCUAUGUAAAGAUUGAGAAAGAGCAUCAAAUCUCUCCUGGAGACUUCCCAAAACUGAGCAAGAUGCAGGAGUUGCUGGCAGGCCAAGACUUCACUAAGUUCCAGUCCCUGAAGCCCAAACUUCUGGAGGCUGUGGAGGGCAUGUUGGCCAAUGACAUCGCCAGGCUCAUGACCAUGGUGCGCCAGGAGGAGGCCGCCAUGCCUCCCCAGAUUGUGAAGGGCGGAGCCUUCGAAGGCACCAAUGGGCCCUUCGGCCACGGCUACGGAGAGGGCGCCGGUGAGGGCAUCGACGAGCUGGAGUGGGUGGUGGCACGCGACAAGCCCAACUACGACGAGAUCUUCUACACCCUCUCACCCGUCGACGGCAAGGUAUCGGGAGCCAUGGCCAAGAAGGAGAUGGUGAAGUCCAAGCUGCCCAACACAGUGCUGGGAAAGAUCUGGAAGCUGGCUGACGUUGACAAGGACGGCUUCCUUGACGACGAGGAAUUCGCCCUGGCCAAUCACCUGAUCAAGGUGAAGCUGGAGGGUCACGAGCUGCCGGCGGAUCUGCCCGCUCACCUGGUACCACCCAGCAAGCGAGGCCAGAUGUGAAGGACUGAGGAGGCUUUUACCGUGGGUGUAGGUCACGACUGGACACUUAGCUGCUCUCUUCUCUCGCUAUACAAUGGUUAUGGAAAACGUAAAUAAAAGCCGAAUUUUGGUAAAACAUGAAAUGAUUCUAACUUAUUCUUCCCUAGAACUAUUUACGUAAUUUGAUCAUUUGCUUACAAUUUUGUUACUAUAAGAUAUCUCUUUAAGGCGGAUAUUUUCCUCUAAGCUCGAACCUAAAUCGUGAGAGAUGCCACCUGAAUAUUAUUCAUUUAAUCAACUUUGCUUCUGAACAAAACACCAAAUAAUGGGCUGAAUGUGACAAGUGUUGGAACACUGUGCUGUGCAACCUUAUUGCAGUACGACUGUCUUUUUGGUGAAAUCGUUGUCCGUAAGAUACAGAGGAGUCAUAGUGCAUAGUGGCAUCCAGUCCUAAUGACAAACUUCUUUCCAGAAUUACAGUUCCAAAGGUGUCACUGAAGCGACGUUUGCAAUGUGGAAAUACAUGAUCACUGUGAUUAAAACUCAGCAGGGUGGCUGAAGAGUAGCUGUCAAAUGGGAACAGGUUUAUUAUUCAUGGGGUGGGGUUGGUUAUACCCAGAGAGAUUUUCCUAUAAAACUUAUAAACUAUAAUUUUAAGGUAAGGUGACAAUUUCCAGACCAGUACUAAUGUGAUUCGAAUAUGAAUAUGUGUGGGAAGAUCUGAUUUUGUUUUGUUUUUGUAACUUCUUGCACAAGUUUGCCUGUGCUUUGCUGCGUCUGUGACAUAAGCUUGCCAGCGUUCGUAGCUGUUAUUAUUUUUUACUUCCUUACUGAAUGUACGACAAGUAUUUUCUACACCACCUGAGGGGAGAAUUUAAACUUUGGGACAAAUGUUGCCUUUUGUUGGGUUUUAUUCCCACACAUAACCCUCUGAAAUCGCUGUGCAACUUUCAUGUCAAAGUAACAAAAGUUCAUUUGAAGGUUUUUGGUGAAUAUGUUCAUUUUCCAUUGUGUUUUCGAUGCGGUGGGGAAAAACAGGAAAUGUUUGCGCAGCAGUUUAAGAGUGUGAGAGUGGUGUUUUUUAUUUUUAAGGAUUCCCAAUGUUUUCAGAACAUCUUUCUGCUUUAUACACGUAGGAAAGCAUCAAACUUUCCUUGCACUUGUAGGCAAGUGAAAUUUAGCAACUGUGGAGUCAGCUGUAGUUUAACUGACGCAGUCUCUACCUUCAUCACGCGAGAUCCUUCACGUGCAGUGUGGGAGUCUGCUAAUAGACACUAGACACUUUUAUUGAUUGCGUGCUAAGGGUGUACUGUUUGCUCUACACCUUGCUGUUCCCGCAGCAAUCUGAUAAAAGCCUAGUUUCUUUUGCUCUUGGUUAAUGUCAACAGCUCAUGCCUGUUCUCCAUCAGAUGGUAUUGUACACCAGCCCAGCGGAUCAUCUGGCAGUCAUGGUGUGAAACCUAUAAGCGGCAUGAAUCUGUGGGGUCCAGCCCCUCAUAGACUCGGGUAGUGAGGAUUCCGCCAUGUGAUCCUGCAAAUUUCGCUCCCCAAUUCUGAUGCUGGAUGCUCCAUGUCGUAUUAAUAAAAAAAGUGCCUCAAUGCCAAUUGCAUCACGCUUCUCUUCUAAAUGAUGUGCAGAUGUAUAAUGUAUAUUGUUUUUGGUCAUUAUUUUUGAAUAAAAUUCACUUAUCCAUUA